GUCCUGCUGGAUCCGGAGGGCAGCCCCCCGACUUCCAGCUCGGCCUCCCCGGUGGAAAUCUUCGGGGCCUUCCCGCCCCACCUGGGGCACCCCCUGCCUCCGCAGCACCCCCUGCUGGCCGGGCAGCUGGGCAUCGCCGGCAACCGCAAGAAGAGCAUCAACAUGACCGAAUGUGUCUCCGUGCCCAGUUCCGAACAUGUAGCUGAAAUUGUGGGCAGGCAAGGAUGCAAGAUCAAAGCUCUGAGAGCGAAAACCAACACCUACAUAAAGACCCCGGUGAGGGGAGAGGAGCCGGUCUUUAUCGUGACGGGACGGAAAGAGGACGUGGAGAUGGCCAAGCGGGAGAUCCUUUCAGCCGCCGAGCACUUCUCCAUGAUCCGAGCCACCCGCAACAAAGUCAACGGGGUCACGGGGUCAGUUUUGGGUCCUCCGAACCUUCCGGGCCAGACCACCAUCCAAGUGCGGGUCCCUUACCGCGUGGUUGGGUUGGUGGUCGGCCCAAAGGGAGCCACCAUCAAGAGAAUCCAGCAGCAGACUCACACUUACAUCGUGACUCCGAGUCGAGACAAGGAGCCGGUCUUCGAGGUGACGGGGAUGCCCGAGAACGUUGACCGGGCUCGGGAAGAGAUCGAAGCUCACAUCACCAUGAGGACUGGCUCCUUAAUUGACGUCAAUGCCGACAACGACUUCCAUUCCAACGGCACCGACGUCUGCCUGGACGGGCUGGGGGGCAACCCGUCCGGCCUGUGGUCCAAAGCGCCCAACCCUGCCCGCCGGACUCUGUCCAGCUUGCGCAACGAUAACCUCAGUUCCUUGGGCAGUGCCUCUCCAGCGCCGGAGCCGUACUUCGGGGGGCCCGUGGCCGACGGGGCCCCCAAUAGCCCCUUUGGCUCCAGCGGCAGCUUCCCGUUCAGCGACGCCCCUGUGCUAGGCUCGGACGACUGCGAUUUUGGGUUUGAUUUCCUCGCCUUGGACCUCACCAUGCCGACCACCAUCUGGUCCCCGUUUGAGCUGCCAGCCAACCCGCUCCAGGCCUUCAACGGUUCUUCCGCUUCCUCCCAGAGACGCAACAGCAGUCUCAGCAGCACGGCCACGCCCCGGCAUUCGCCGACCCUCCCCGAGACCGGGGUGGCUUUAGACCAUCCCUUGGCCCGGCGCGUCCAGAGCGACCCAGUCAAUGCUCUGUCAUGGCUGCCAACCCAGGGCUCGCUCUCAUCAUUCUCCAACAGCACUGGCUACUCGUCUUCCUCCUCCUUGCCCGGGAGUAUUUCGGCGACCUCGGGCUCCCCGACGGAUUCCAGCAGCAUCGACGGGGCCCGCAAGAACUCCCGCGAGUGCAUGGUGUGCUUCGAAAGCGAGGUUAUCGCCGCCCUGGUGCCCUGCGGCCACAACCUCUUCUGCAUGGAGUGCGCCAUGCGCAUCUGCGGCCGGGCUGAGCCGGAGUGCCCCGCCUGCCACAUGCCGGCCACGCAAGCCAUCCACAUUUUCUCGUAACCAA